GAAAUAAUUGAAAUUCGUGAAGAUUUCACUGCCACUGAUUUGGACGAAGAACAUCGAGUUGCAUACUGGAGAGAAGACAUUGGUGUCAACCUGCACCAUUGGCACUGGCAUUUAGUUUAUCCAUUUGCUGGGGACCCUAGUGUGGUUGACAAGGAUCGCCGCGGGGAGCUCUUUUACUAUAUGCAUGAACAAAUCAUGGCGCGGUAUAACUGUGAACGUUUGUGUAAUCGACUUAAUCGUGUGAAACGAUUUGUUAAUUGGCAUGAACCGAUUCUCGAAGGUUAUUUCUCAAACCUGGACUCUGUCAAUACUAGUCGCAUGUGGCCAGCUCGUCCAACUGGAAUCCCACUAAAAGAAGUCCAUCAACCGCCUGAUUUUUAUUUCGAUAUUACCGAUCUGGAAAGAUGGCGUGAUCGCAUAUACGAUGCUAUUCAUUCUGGAUAUGUAAUUGACAAUAAUGGUAAACAUGUACGUUUGACUGAAAAGGACGGCAUCGAUAUAUUAGGAAAUAUCAUAGAAGCCGUCACUACUUUGUCAAUCAAUAGUACGUUCUACGGUAAUGUUCAUAAUCUAGGACACCUCGCUAUUUGUGUUUGCCAUGAUCCGGAUUAUCGUUACAAG